AUGACAGGCAUGAUGCAAUGGCAAGUUAACAGGCAGUUCAGAAAGGACUGUGAAGCUGCUAUGGCCAGAAUUCCAAACCCGAAUGUUGUGGUCCAGCAGCUAGACCUCCCUUAUGACCUAGAAGGAUGGAUCCCAAUGGAUUCCCUCCACCAACAAGAGGCAGAAGAGGCAAAGGGGGAAUCAACCCUUUUGCCAACAAUGACAGAAAUAGACCGGGGGCAAACUAGAGGAAUCAUCUGGAGGCUUGUCAAAAACUCAUGGUGGAAACUAGGGCACAGGCAAACUAGAGGAAUCAUCAGAGGAGCUCGGAAGGGCCAAAAAUUCAUUCUAUUCUCCGGGGAUGGGCAGACCUCCUCCAUUGAACACAUAGGCCGCUUCACGGCCCAGUGUGAAGAGGCCGAUUCGGACGCCCAGAGGCUCCGUUUAUUCGUUCACUCUCUGACCGGCGCGGCGUUCUCGUGGUUUAUAAACCUUCCACCGAAUUCGGUGACGGAUUGGUCUGACAUGGAAAGGAUAUUCCACGAACAUUUCUAUCAGACCAAUCGAGAAAUAACGAUCGCCGAGCUGGCAAGGAUGAGCCAGGCGUCAGACGAAUCACCUCGCGACUACCUGCAGCGGUUCAAAACGUGCAGGAACUGGUGCCACACGAACCUACCGGAGAGGGAAUUUGUCAAGAUGGCCGAAGAAGGAUUGGAAUUCGAAUACCGGAAGAAAUUCAAGGGAAUUGAAUUCCAGGACAUGCAUGACUUGAUCAACAAGGUGGACCGAUAUGCAUCCUUGUUGAAAGAAGAGGUGAAAAAGAGAACGGCUUCAAAAGGGACUUACUAUCGGAAUCCCGUUGUCAGCUAUGCCGAAGCAGACGGCCCCACUGAGGCCGAGAGUGACAAAGUUGAGAUGAGCUGUAUCGAAGUCAGCAUAGACAAGCCAUUCGUCUGCAAAGGACUUGUCAAGGCCGACAAUAAUCGCACAAAGAUUCCCGACGCCAAGUUCGCGACUCGAGAAACGAAGGCCUACACUUUUGAUUUGACCAGGGCCGAAGCUAUCUUUGACUUACUGUUGACCAAGAAAAAGGUCAAAUUGUCCUUUGGCCAUAAAAUUCCGAAACCCGAAGAGCUCAAAGGAAAGACGUUUUGCAAAUACCACAGUUCUUGGUCUCACAACACCAACAACUGCGUUGUUCUACGAGACGUCAUCCAUAAGUUGAUAGACGAAAAGAAGCUCCAAUUCCCAGAAAAGACGGCCAUGCAGGUCGACUCCAAGCCAUUCCCUCCACCUGUCAUCAAUAUGGUCAACGCUCAACUCUGGGCCGAAUAUAGGGAAACUGCCAAAGAACAAAAGGAAGGCCGCCGAGCCAUCUCAACCGACUAUGAAGAAUUCGACGGCCAGUACAAUCGUCGGCCAACAAGAAGAGUUGUUUUCGACCGACUAGGGGCACAAAGCCCUAGUACCUCGGCGGGCCACAAAGACGAAGCCGCUCCUAGGCCGGUGAAGACUUUCAAACCACCGGUCGUAUGGGAUGACCGUUGGUAUCAUGCACAACCUGGGGGCAGCACCGAACCGUUGACAAAAACCCAGCUGAGAGGGAUGCAGAGACAAGUUCAGCAGGCCAGGAUACAGACGGCCCAAGUCGAGGGAUUAAAACGCCAAAAUAAGAUGGCGACUGCAGACAAGCCACCAUCCGUGCCAAUCGUUCCCCCUACAGCGAAGGCUGCCAGCAUCAAGCCUCCAAGGACGUGGCGCCCUAGGCAGGACAGUUAUCCCCGCGGAAUGACGGCCGUUUCGGUGGAGCCAAAGGCCGCGGCCCUGGACAAAACGGAUGAGGGUAUCAUCGACGUCUACCAUAGAAGGGACCCCCCUUUUUCGGCCAACAGUUUGUCCUUUCUCAUGGAAUUUCAUAAGGACCACUCGGCCAUCGACCUAUACGGCAUAACCCCUGAGAAUCGUGAAAUUGUGGAGUUGGCUCUUAAAAACGCUGAGGCAAAGAGGCUCCUCAUUACUGGCGGAUCUGACUAG